UAAUAGUAUAGAUAUAAUAGAUAGAGAUAUAAUAGAGAUAGUAGUAAUAGAGACAGAUAUAUAGAGAUAUAGAGAUAUAGAGACAUAAGAUACAGAUAUAAGAUACAAGAGCAGGAGACACCAGAAAGAACCAACUCAAACUCCGAACCGGCCGUGGCGCAGAGCAUCUGAACAUUCUUUGAUAUCUUUGUUGUCUCUUUCUUUAUUCUUUAUUGUUGUUGUUUGUAUUCUAUUCUUCUUAUUGUAUUAUAUUCUUUGUUAUAUUCCUAUUCUAUAGCACACAAACAACUACUUCAACCAAAGCUGUUUGUAGCUGGUUGUGCUUCUUUGCUGGUGAAGUGAAGUAUCCUCGCUUGUAGUCUCCUCUGUUUAUCUUCUUCUUCUCUUUAUAUCUUCUUCUCUUCUAUAUCUUCUCUUCUUCUCUCUUUAUAUCUUCUUUUCUUCUUCUUUUCUUCUUCUCUGGAUAUCCUCUCGAUAUCUCCUUCCCUCCCAUGGACAUCCUCCCCCGCGACGGUCUCUACGACUACUCCCGCAACGCGCGCCAUGGCAUCCGCAUCAUCUCCUUCGUCUCCUCCUGGCUAUCCAUAAUAUCCUGCUUCCUCGCCUUCUUCUGGCUCUACCGUCUUCCUGAAAAGGUCUUUCGUCAUCUUCUCAUCUUCCUCCUCCUCUUCUUCGACUGCUGGCGCGCCAUCAUCCUCAUGUGGUACCCCAUCCGCCUCUGGUACACCGGCGAAGACUCCAUCGGCCCCCACGCCUGCCAGGCAGACGGCUUCUUUGCCGCCCUCAGCAUCGAAGCCGGCGACUUUGCCGUCCUCGCCAUCGCCAUCCACACCUACAUGUUCGUCAUGUACCCCCAAGUCUCCUCUUCUGGCGCGGCAAACAAAUACGGCGGCCUCUACAAGUACCGCAAGCCUCUCUUCGUCGCCUGGGCUAUCUUCUCCGUCUUAUUCGCAUCCCUCCCCUUUGUCAAAUCAAAAGAUGCCGGGUCCGCCGGCGACUCUGAUCUCCAGGAAGCAAGCCUCGGCUACAUCCAGCUCACCACUUGGUGCUAUCUCCCCAUCUCCCCCAUCUGGUACCGUCUCGUCUUGGCUUGGGUGCCCCGUUACAUCGUCCUCUUCACCAUCUGCGCCAUCUACUUUGGCGUCUACCGCUACGUCCGACGCGUCUUGCGAAAAGUCGAAGUCAUCCAGCACGACGUCCAAGACGUGCCCUUGACCAUCCCCGCUGAUCCCACUCUAUCUUCCCCUCCACUGCAAACAAAUCUCCAAGACAUCGAAAAGCACCCUCGCUCACCAAUCCUCCCGACAAACGAGAAUCCCUCGACAAUCGACAACUCAACCGAAGAAAUCAUCGGCUACGAUCUCUCCUUCUCUCCCGGCGACGCUGCCUACUUCGACCAAAACGUCCGCUUCCCAAAUUCCCCUCCUGCUCAGUCCACCAUCACCCAAACCUCUCCUGCCACCUCCCCGCAGUUCGAAGACCGCAAGAUCGAGGUCGACAUCUCAAGUCAAGACCGCCAACGCGCAAACGUCCUCCGCCAAGUCAAAUACCUCCUCCUAUACCCGGUCUUCUACGUCAUCAUGUGGGCUCCUCCCUUCAUCGAGCAGUGUCUCAUGUACACGUCCUACUACCAAAACCAUCCCGUCGCGUGGCUGGGCUAUAUCUCUGCAUUCAUGUACGGCAUCAGUGGGUUUUUCAACGCCUUCAUUUUCGCAAUCCGCGAAACUCCCUGGUCAACAAAACCUACCCUACAGCGCUCCUCAACUCUUGUAGAGGACUCCUAUGGUCCCUCUGACUCGCCUUCGUCUUUUGCCGCGGAUGACUCCCAGGACAACUCCUCCAGCAGCGCUGAAAAACUCACUGCCUCGCCAGAGUCAAGCGACACCAACCGCUCGCAUUCCAUCCUGAGAUUUGGGAGAAAACAGUCCGUUUCCGCCGACACGCAGUCUGCAGACAGCCCCGCACCCCCCAAACGCACAUUCACAGGCUCAUCUCUGCGCGAGCAAAUAGCCGGCUCGACCUGGCGCCGACCCACCAUCUCGAAAUCGCCCGCUGCAAUCCCGUCCUUCACCGGGCUCGACCUCGACGGCUUUGACGCGAGCGGCACGGCGACAGGAUCGGUUGUUACGCCGUACGAUAUCAUGAAAGUGCAGCCGGUGCAGAAGAAGCAGGCCCGGCAGACCGGGGAUUGGCUUGACGAGAUGAUUGACGAAUUAUAGAAGAAUGUAUAUUAUAUGAUGAAGUAUGGGUUUGCUUUUGGGUAUGGUUGUAUAUUAUCAAGGAGU